AUGACAGAACAUACGGUUCAGAUCCUCUCCUCCGGUUGGGAGUUUAGGGGCGAGAAGGACGAAGACUGGCUGCCCGUCUCACAGGUCCCCAGCAACGUCCACACUGAGCUCAUGAAACACGGCUUGAUACCGGACCCCUUCGUCGACACAAACGAGCUCGAAGUGUCAUGGGUCGCCGAACAGACGUGGCACUACCGAACGACCUUCGUGACGCCAGCCGGCGGACGAGACCCAGGAGCGAGGGUCGACCUGGUGUUUGAAGGGCUCGAUACCUUUGCAGCGGUAAGGCUGAAUGGGGAAGUCAUACUGGAAUCGGACAACAUGUUUGUGGAGCAUCGCGUGAGCAUCGGACAGCUCCUGGUCGACGGGGCAGCCAACAACACGCUCGAGAUCGUGUUUGAGCCUGCGCGCCGGCGUGGCCUUGAGCUUGUCCAGGCGCACCCGGAACACGACUUCAUUGUGCACCAGACAGAAGUCAGCAGAGGCCCUGUCCGGAAAGCGCAGUACCAUUGGGGCUGGGACUGGGGCCCGAUCCUGCUGACCUGCGGGCCGUGGAAGCCCGUGCGGCUGGAGUCGUACGUCAGCAGGAUCGAGGAUGUUCGGGUAGAUUACGACAUCCGCAUGAGCCACGGGCUGCCGGUCGUGCUCGAGAUCACCGUCCAAGCCCGUGUUGUUGGUCCUGCAGCGGCCGUGGAGGUUGAGCUUGUCCUGCCCGGAGAGCAAACCGCGGCACUGAGAGAUCGCAAAGAGAACCCUGCUGGUGGUGAGCCUUCAUGGCUCUACACCUCCACGAGGCUCAGCAUGGAGAAGCCGCCGCUUUGGUGGCCGCGAGGUUACGGACCGCAGCAGCUAUGCAAACUACGGGUGCGGAGCAUGGCCAGCGAUGGAUCGACAGUCCUCGCGGAAGAGCACCAGACCCUCGGGUUCCGCAAGGUCGAGCUGAUCCAGGAGAAGGACCAGUUCGGCCAGUCGUUCUACUUCCGCAUCAACGGGGUUGAUGUCUUCUGCGGCGGCUCCUGCUGGAUUCCAGCCGACAGUUUCCUUCCUCGGAUCUCUGCCCAGCGCUACCGCGACUGGAUCCAACUCCUCGCCGAUGGCAACCAGAACAUGGUGCGGGUCUGGGGCGGCGGCAUCUACGAGCCGGAUGCCUUCUACACGGCCUGCGACGAGCUGGGCAUCCUGGUGUGGCAAGACUUCAUGUUCGCCUGCGCCUCGUACCCGGCAUACCCGGACUUCCUCUCCUCAGUCGCGGCCGAGGCCCGGCAGAACAUCCGCCGCAUCCGCCACCACCCUUCCGUCGUUCUCUGGUGCGGCAACAACGAGGACUACCAGCUCAUCGAGCGGUACGGCCUGGAGUACAACUUCGACUCGGACAAGGUCCCGGCGUCCUGGCUCAACUCCACCUUCCCGGCCCGCUACAUCUACGAACACCUCCUGCCCGAGAUCGUCCGAGCCGAGUGCCCCUCCGCCGCCAACAACACGGUAGUAGUCUAUCACCCGGGCAGCCCCUGGGGCGACGGCCGCAGCACCACCCUCCAAGUCGACUCCACGGUGGGCGACAUCCACCAAUGGGACCUGUGGAACGGCGAGGCGAGGCCGUGGCAGCGGCUGCCGCAGAUGGGCGGCCGCUUCGUGAGCGAGUUCGGCAUGGUGGCCUAUCCGCACGCCGACACCAUCCAGCGCUUUGUCGCCGACCCGCGCGAGCGCUAUCCCGGCAGCCGGACGAUGGACUUCCACAACAAGGCCGUGACGCACGAGCGGCGGCUGCUCGCCUAUGUCGGGGAGAACUUCCGCUUGGAUCCCACCCUGGGAGGGUUCGCGCAUCUGACGCAGGUGUUGCAGGCGGAUGCGCUGGGGAUGGGGUACAAGGCCUGGCGGAGGCAUUGGGCCCGCAAAGAAGGGGGUGGAGCAGGAGCAGGACGGAGGUGUGGCGGCGUGCUGGUCUGGCAGCUUAACGACUGCUGGCCGGUGGUCUCGUGGGCCAUUGUGGACUACUACCUGGUCAAGAAGCCGGCGUACUACGCCAUCAAGCGGGCCCUGGCGCCGCUCGCUGUGGGCGUGACGCGCAAGUUCCAUGACUGGACCAUGAGGUCGGCUGACGCGCUCUGGAAGAGGAAUACGGGACAUGUCGAUCCGAGAAGGGCGUUGACGGACAUUGCGUUCGAUGUGUGGGUGUCCAGCUCGAGGUUGGAGCCGGUGAAGGGCACCGUGAUGGUGAGGUUCAUCUCCAUCAGGACAGGAGAGGAGGUAAAGGAGAGGAUGAAGACAGAGGUGGAUGUGCAACCGAACGGCUGCACCGAGGUCUUGGUGAGAUGUAAGUUUGACUGGGCCAAGGCAACGGUUGAGACGCCUGAGCACUUUGUCAUCCAUGCGUCUCUCUGCGUGGACGGGGCUCAGGUCAGCACCGAUACCUCCUGGCCUGACCCUCUCAAGUACCUCGACUUCUCGGACAGGGGCGUCGAGGUGAAGCAUCUCAGCCCAGACCUCGUCGAAAUUUCGGCGGAAAAGCCUGUUAAGGGAUUCGUCUUCUCGGAAAGACAGGGCACCAAGCUUAGCGACAACGGCUUCGACCUUGUCCCUGGGGACGAACCGAAGCGGGUGCAGGUUGAGGGCGCAAUCGCGGACCUCGCAUGGACCUUUGUUGGCCGUUGA